CUCUCUCUCUCUCUCUCUCUCUCUCUCUCUCGUGGUGGGUUUACUCUUUUAUCUACAUAGACCCUUUGUUUCUGUCUAUUAAACUAUUUUCUCUCUCUAUUUCUGUAUUUUAUUUUCUAGUUUUUUAGUGGGUGCAAUGGAGGUGGAGUUUCUGAGCUCUGAUAUGGCUGCCAUGGAGAGAAUGAUGGUUUGCUCUGUUGUGGAAGCUGUGGUCAUUGAGACCCUUCUGAUUGCUGGGAGAUCUCUUGCUUGCCUUCUCAAGAUGGCAGGAUCUCUGCUGAAGGAUAUUGAUGUGUUGCCUAAAUUUACUGGGGUUGACGGAAGGUUUCCUUUGGAUGAGCUUCAUAAAAAGAAGCAGCCUGAUCCCGAAAACAAAGAUGCUAGUGAUACCGAUGAUGACGAUGAGGGUGAUGACGAUGAUGAUCAGGAUGAUGAUGAUGAUGAUGAUGCAGAUGAUGAGGAUUUCUCUGGAGGAGAAGGGGGAGAAGAUGAUGAUGAAGGAGGGGAUCCUGAGGAAGAUCCUGAGGCUAACGGUAAUGAGGGUAGCAAUGACGAGGAUGAUGAUGAUGAUGAUGGCGAUGACGACGAAGAUGGUGACGAGGAUGAGGAAGAGGAGGAAGAGGAUGAGGACGAGGAGGAACAACCACCUGCUAAGAAGAGAAAGUAAAGUGGUAGUAGUCUUUUCUUUAGUCUGUCUUUGUUGGUAGCAUGUGAUAGGAAGGGGAAUGCUUAGCUUGUGUGUUUUAGUAGAGUAGGACUUAGCCAUCCUUGUUCAGAAUGAACUUCCUGCUUUUUAUCAUGUGACAUUAUUAUAUUAUAUAUAUUUCAUUUUGUGGAAUGGAUCGUUAUUCUGGA